AUGAAGGACGCCAUUGUACACCCAGGGCCCACGGUCGAGAUCAUCGACAGUCCCAUCCCGGAGCCUGGUCCCGACCAACUCGUUAUCCAAGUCGUCGUCAGCGGCUCUAACCCCAAGGACUGGAAGAUGGGCGAUUGGACGAACACAAGCGCGAACACUGGCGACGACAUCGCUGGAAUAGUCCACUCCGUCGGAGAGAAUGUGUACGAAUUCAAGCCUGGAGACCGUGUGGCUUCCUUUCACGAAAUGCACACGCCUGGAGGAAGCUACGCCGAAUAUGCUCUAGGGUGGCAACAUACAACAUUCCAUAUCCCGAAGAAGAUUUCCUUCGAAGAGGCAGCAACUGUGCCCUUGGCCGCCAUGACGGCAGCAAUCGGUCUGCAUAUCCGACUUGGUCUCCCAGAGCCUUGGCUGGCGACCAAGGAGCCGAUCCCUCUUAUAGUCUACGGGGGUUCUUCCGCAGUCGGAGCAUUUGCGCUGAAGAUCGCAAGUCAUGCAAACAUACACCCUCUUAUCGUGGUGGCGGGAGGUGGCUCAAAGUAUGUGGAAACGUUGAUCGACCGCAGCAAAGGAGACACGAUCGUCGACUAUCGAAACGGCGAUGACGCUGUCGUUUCUGGCAUCAAAGAAGCCUUGAAAGGCUCGAAAGUCAGCUAUGCUUUCGAUGCCGUGUCUGAAAAGGGGAGCUACGUGAACAUCACUAAGGUACUGGAUCCCCAUGGCGCCAUCACGCUCGUCCUGCCGGGCAAAGAGUAUCCAGAGAUACCUAAGACAGUGAAGCAAGUCUUGACGAGCGUCGGAUCUGCUCAUAAGGAAGAUGCAGGUUUCGCAUUCAUAUUUUUCAGGUACUUGGCCCGUGGAUUUCACGAGGGAUGGUUCACUGGCCAUCCAACGGAGGUCGUGCCGGGCGGGCUUGGUGGUGUGGAGCAAGCUCUGAAGAAUCUGAAGGCUGGCAAGGCGUCAGCUGUCAAAUAUGUCUUCAGGGUUGCAGAGACAGAGGGUGUCAAGUCUUCUCUAUAG